GGAUUUGCGUCACUAAUCACUCUGAGUAGUUUUAAGUGCUCCGUACUCGCUUCCUCACUCUCUCUCUCUCUACCAAUACAUAUAUCUACAUUUCCCUUUCUCAUUCUGUAUAGAUUCAUUUUCCUGUUUUUUUGUGGUUGAUUUUUGCCGGAAAUAUUUUGAAUUCACUUAGGACGAUGAAUCGGAGUAGCGAUCCAAAUCCAUUUGAUGAAGAAGAGCAAGAAGUCAAUCCGUUUUCGAAGGGUAAUGCUGCUCCUGGAUCAAAGUCGCGUGUUCCUCAAUUUGUCAGCAAUACUCUGGGUUUUGGCCCAAAACAUGACGCGACUGUUGAUAUACCCUUGGACUCAAUGAAUCAGGAUUCAAAGAAAAAACAGAAGGAGCUUGCUGAUUGGGAAGCAGAUAUUAAAAGGAGGGAAAGGGAUAUCAAACGCAGAGAAGAUGCUGUUGCCAGUGCUGGUGUCCCCGCUGAUGACAGAAAUUGGCCUCCCUUUUUUCCUAUUAUUCAUCAUGAUAUAGCCAAUGAAAUCCCUGUUCAUGCUCAGAGGUUGCAGUAUUUAGCUUUUGCUAGUUGGUUAGGUAUGUUCUUUUUAUUGUUUGAUAGUUGUUGCACAAUGAUUUUUUCUGAUCUUUGAUUGCAUGAUUUACAC